UCCCCGCCUCAAAAACGUCAUCUUCUCCUUCUCUGUUCUCCUCUCCAUCUCCUAUCCUCCCCCUCGAAAAAUUUUAUUCAAAAGCAAGAAAAAACCAACUCCUCGGAAGAAUUUUUUGGAAGCUCUUUGCUUUUUAUGGGCUUGAGGUAAAUAAAUAAGCUCUCUCGCUGCGUGUACGUGUCAUGAUUUGAUCCCACGUACUCAAAUGCUUGUCUAUAUGUCACGAGGUUCAGUAACUCGAUCUUUUGUUCGAUAGCUCGGUGUAGAUUCUGGUUCUCGGGAUUCACCAGUUCAUCAUGCAUGUUCUAGUUCGUUUCUUGUUUGGCCCUAGCUCACUCGUUGUUUCUGUCAUUCCCCUCUCUCACUGGUGAUCCGAAGCUAAAGCUUCUUCUUGGAGAUCAGAGAGAGAGAGAGAGAGAGAGGAGAGAGAUAAUAUGACAGCUUUUCUAAGCCAAAGCCUUUUUCUAAGCCAAAGCCUUUGUCUAUCUCCCGCUCUCAAAGCAAUGGUCCAUCAUCAUGAAGAAGCCAAGGUGGUCAUCGGCGAAAAGCAAGGCAUCACCACCAUUCUUGGAUCUGAGCCCGCAAAACCCGGCUCUUCAUUGCGCCGGACUCUAUCCGCCGACAUGUCCUCCAAGAAGUGGCUCUCCCAAAAUGGGUUGGUCUCCAAGAACGCUCUUGCCCACAUUGUGGGCUUGUCUUCUUCCUCUGAAGAAGAUGAUGAAGAAGACAGUUAUGUGGAUAAGAGGAAGGAGAGUCGGGAUCUGGAUAAGUGGAGCCACUUUGAUAUCCGGAGCUCGAUCAUGUCCCAAAAGCACGAAGAGCCGUCCGUGCGGGCCCCGCCGCCGUAUGUUCACCCCCCGGUAAGGCGGUCUAAGAGCUCCUUGAGUGAGAAGAGCCUGGAGAUCUGUACAGAGAGCCUUGGCUCCGAGACGGGAUCCGACGGGUUCUCCUCGUACCCGGCAUCAGAGACGGGCGAUCUCCCGGACAAAGACGACAAGGAGCCCGACACCAUGCUUCAAGAUCUGGCAAAGCUGCGGUCGCCGCGAGAAGAUCAAGAUCAACAGCUCCACUUCGCAAAGUACAGCAAUUACGAGGGGUUGGGCAAGAAAAGGCAACGGCCGAAGUCUUUCCCUCCGCCUCUCCCUUCGCUCUCUCGCCCUGACGGGGCCUCACUCCGCAUGCAAUCCCGUAGGGACAACGGGCGCUUGGUCCUCGAAGCCAUCUCGGUCCCUACAGAGAAGAACUCUGCGUUCAACGCCGGGGAAGGCCGCCUCGUCCUCACCUUCAACGUAAACAGCACUUUGGAGCAUGUCGGCGACAACAAUGAAGCAGUAGGAGAAGAAGGGGAGGAGGAACAAGAGGAUGUAUUAGAACUCAACGAGGAGUUCUUGGGUUUCAGCGAGAGCUACGAGAAGGAUGAAGAAAUGGUAGAGGUGGAGGAAGAGGAAGAGGAGGAGGAGGCCAAGAAAUUGAUAUUUGCCACCGAAGAUGCUCCACCAAAUAUAUUACCCGGAGUGGAUGUGAAUAAUGUCCGUAAGAUUGCAUUUAUGAUGAACCAGAAGCCCAAGGAUUUAGCUAAUAGGAACCCCGCAUGGCCUAACAAGUUUAAUGAAGUGCUUAUCCCCGGUGGUAAGGAGGACAAGGAAGGAGACGCGCCAAUCCUCCUUCCACGGUCGCUCCCACCGCCGGGUCGGGCGGCCCGAGUGAUCACCGAGGCGCCGCCACCAUCCACCGCAGCCUCCUUCAAUGCUUAUGAGUACUUUUGGCGGACCAAAUCCACGCUUGCCAGCGCCGCCGCGACCAUGAUAAUCAAUCCAAUCGGUAGUGCCCAACAACAAUCCCUUGCCCUUAAAAGCUACUCUAACAAGUACAUCAUCAACAAGAGAUUUGUUUCAAAUGAUCAGCAUCAUCAAGAACAAGCAGCAGAUUGUUGGGCCUCUGGGGUUAAAAGUUGUAAGGAAAGCGGGAGGUCUCUUCCGUUCUGGGAGCCCCAUUGCAUUGCCACAUCCCGAAAAAAAAAGGAAAAAAAGAAGGAUUUGGUUCCUUCCUUUUGUUCCCCUUGGGACACUGAUUUUCCCACUUUAUUUCUCUUCUCACAUCACAACUUUGUGCAGUCAAAUAAGAGAAGAAAGAAGAGAGAGAGAGAGAGAGAGAGAGAGCGGGGGCACUUUGGCUUUAAUUUCACGUAGAUCAGAGAGAGAUAGAGAGAAUCAAUCAUGUGUCAUCGGUUGUAAUAUAUAGCUUUUAUUUUUCUUCCCCCUUUUAUCAUGUUAUGUCAUUGUAUUAGCUAGCAAGCUACAAAAGUCUGAAAAAACAAGAUCUUGAGAUCAAUCUUUGACUUAAAAAGAAACUUUCAUGCAUGUAACCUUCCCCCCUGAUUAUUACCAUGUCCCUUUUGCUUUUCUAAUUAAAACUUUGCCUUUACGUGACUCCCGGCCACUAGGGUUUCGACGGG